AUGAAAGCAGGCGAUUCGAUUGCCUCCAUCUUGCAUUCCCGUUCUCAGUCUACAACAGGAUCCAAUGAACAAAGGCAAAAGAUUGUAUCCGCUCAAUUCUCUGUAAUGGACAAAAUUUUCCCACUUCUCAAUGAAAUGCUUAAAACAGGCAAAGUUCCUGGUAUUAUUGAGCACUUCCUUGUGAUACAUAUCUUCUUUCAAAUCUUUGCGUUCUCUCUAUGGCCCGCAUUCACUUUCCUAAAGCUCACAGAUAAAAUCGAUGACGUUAUUGGCUUAUGGAUUUACAGAAUUGCAUUUCUCUCAGAGAUCUCCCAGAAAGUUAGUUCGCUUACAGUCAGCUUAAUUCUCUUUUCUAUCCUUAUUUUCUUAUUUAUUUUUUCAUUUGGCUUAGAGCUGUUUAUCUUUUUCAAGAUACGCCGUUUCAACAAAAUAUUACUUCACUUUGCUAGAACAUGCUUUGAUGUUAUCCCAAUGCUCACCUUAUUGCCAAUAACGAGUUGGUUGGGUCUCUCUCUUAAGUACGCAAUUAAGGAUAAGACAACACCAUACAUUGUAUACACUGCUAUUUCCUUCAUCUAUUUCGUCAUUGUUCUUUUCGCUCACCACGUCCAAUCUUAUUUCUCGGCUAGCUUGCCAUACAUUCCAUCUUCCCAUAUAACAUGCUGGUCUGGCGUAUUCCACUUUGAAUUCCUUGCAAUACCAGCUUUCAUCAUGCUUGUCUCGUAUAUUGCCGAUUUCUUUCCAAACUAUUUCAUGUUAAUUGUGAUGCUUGUGAAGAUUGCCUACAAUAUAUUCAUGAUUUACAACAUUUAUUUCUUCCCAUUUUCUCAUAUCCAGAUGAAUGAUUUCUUCUGCGCAUUAUUUAUGGCAGUUAAUGUUCUUGAUGUCAUCAAGAUGCUCGAUUUAUUCAAUUUCUCCAUCAGAUUUUGGAUUUUACUUGUCGCAUCUGUAUCAUCAUUUUUUGUUUGCCUUAUUAUCUCAAAGUUGAUCUUCAAAUGGCGCAUUGCGAAGAUUUGCAGAAUGCUUGACUUCGACAUUCUUGAUACGAUCGAAAUCGACGAAUCAGAUAUAAGAGAUCACGCAAUUGACCUCACAGGAAACAAUCUUGUUGAUGAAAAGCUCAGACAUCUUUACCAUGGACUUGGAUUAGAUCGGUCAUCAGUCAAAUGCGAGAUGUACUUCAGAAUUGGCUUAGCAAACAGAUGUAAUUUGUUCUUGAACUGGUCAUUGAUAAAGUUCGCUGCAGAAUACCACAAAACAGCACACAUGUAUACUAUUAUUACACAGUUCCUUUCAUUCUAUCCAUGCGAAGCCAGAUUUUUAUCUUCAUUCUUCAACCAUACAUGUACAAUGCCACUGAAUUUCACAGAAAGAUUCUUAAUGUUCCAAAUUAACAUUAUUAAGCAACUCAGACAAUCAUCAGCUUCAAGAGAAGUUGCCGAAUUAUUAAUGGCACUCAAAACAAAGGCAAAUACAAUAAUUGAUGAUGUAAGAAAGUUUUGGAUCACAUGUCCUGAUGAAAUGAAUGUAUUCUAUGAUAUCCAGAUGAGAACUAAAUAUGUAAGAGAACUCUAUUCCGAAGCAAUGGAACAUUAUCCAAAUAAUGUCAAAAUUUGCGAGAGUUAUUCAUCAUUUUUAGUUGAAGGAGCCAUGGAUUUCAAAGAAGGCGUAAAGAUGAGACACAGAGCAAAUCUUCUUGAGCAAGGAAAGAACUUAGUUGUAGAUUUCUCUUUCAGAUCAUUAGUUAGAGCUUAUCCAGAAUAUCUCAAGAAGAAUGUUAUGAAUGUUCAAGGCCAGUUCAUUCAGAAAAGAACAGGAAACAACGACAGUGCAAAUUCAACAAGUUUAUCAAAUAGUUCUAACAAGAAUUCCAAUAUGUCAUCAGGAACAAUUGAUGGUGUUUUGGAUCCGGAAAUUGAAGAAGUUGUUGCAAGAAACUGUUUCACUUAUCACAGAUUGAGAUUAGAGUUCCAAAACUGUCUUGAAAACAGAAAGAUCAAAUAUGACAAACAUUUGCAUGGUGCCAUAUUAUGGUCUUUGUUUUGUGUUGUUUUAUCUAUUUUCUUCAUUGCUUUUUAUUACAACAGAUACAAUGAAAGAUUACAAAGUAUCCAAAGAUUGAUCAAUAUCGGAAGAACUAAAUACAAUUUAGACGCAAGUUUCUUAUCAUCAAUCAUGAAGAUGCUUGCUGGUUUAGGUGCAAUACAACCAUCAAUGAUUGAUCAAGUCAAUGUAAGAAGUGGUUCACCAUAUGAAAUCGAUGUCAAAGAUGGUGAUGGAGAAGUUUCAAGAUUCAGUGAUUCAAUGACGAAUAACUUAAGUAUUUAUAUGAAUGAUUUAAUGGGUUUGGCACAGGAUGGACGUGAAAUAGAAGUAAUCUUUACAGAGUUCGUUGAUACUGUUGUUCCUAUUUACCAAUGCAAUGGUAUCAAUUUGAUGAAGAACUCUUACAAUGAAACUCUCAAAGAAUUAUUCAUCAGAAUUGCAAAAUAUUUGAGUGGUUUACAUACAUCAACACCAGAUGCUUUGGCAAAUGAUGAUAGAGCAUGUGAAACAAUUGCAAAUGUUCCUAAUUCCAAUACUUAUUAUAGAUUGCUUUCAUUUAGAAUAUUAAAGUUCUUGAAGACAUUAGAAGUUGAUGACAGAUCAUUAAACAAAAUGUUAAUGAUUCUAAUUCCAUGUUUGUACGCUGUUUUAACCAUUCCUCCUUUAUAUUUGUAUCUAGCAUUGUGUUUGAAGGAACUAAGAAGUGUUCAUGGCUUAUUAGUCAACUUGAAUCAGCCAACAAGAGAAACAGCUUCGAAAUCAUUAUCAAAAAUUGACAGCGAAGAAAUCACAUUGAAAGAUACAAUGAAAUCAAAAAUUAUGUUAACAAAUUCAUUGUAUUUCUUUGCACUAUUACCAGUAAUUAAUGCUGUCAUGUUCCGUAUUGUUCCUUUCGUCUGCAUCAACCAAAACUCAAUCUACAACAACUAUAACUACUGGGCAUUUUAUUCAUCAGCAAGAUCAACAGAUGCAAUGCAGGCAGUUAUUUGGUCUAUAUUUUCUGUUGGAAUUGGAAAAGGAUUCCCAGAAAUGGCAUUCAACAGAUCAACAUACGUUGAAGUUGCAAAUACAGCAUUACAUGCUUUGAUUGAUGAUAACAAUAACUUGUUGAGAGGUGGCGAAAACAAUCCAAGCUGCAUCGGAUUUACUGAUGAUAUCGAUAAAUACAAUAUUCGUGCUUACUGUGUAACAGAUAAUUUUGAUUCUGUUGAUCACAGUGACUAUAUGUGUUCUAGUUUGGAUUCAGUCAUUACUUCUUUGUUUGCUUAUUUGAAUUUGGUUUUGCAAGAUCCAGAAAAUGCAACACUUGCAAAAGACACUGAUAUGGCAAACGCUUUCCAUUUAACAAAUACACAUAUUAUCGAAAGAACAUGGCAAUCAACAGAAGCAAUUAACUCAUUAGCAAAGAAAGAAUUGUCAAAGUUCAGAAGAAAUAUGUGUUUGAUUUGUGUUGCUUGCAUUGGUGUUUCUAUCAUCAUUACUUUUGGUUUGUAUUCAGCAUUUGGAAGAAUUGAGAUUAUGUACAAAGGAGAAUUGCAACAAUUAAGAAGAGUUGCUCCUUUGAUGUUAUCUCAAUCUCAACCAAUGAUGAAUUACAUCACACAUAAAGAUGAUCAAAAGAAAGUUGAAGACAUGGCACCAACGAAAUCUAUUGUUUAUCUUUCGAAAGACUCAGUUAUCUUCUUGAACAAGAACUUAAACAUUGAAACAAUCAAUACAGCAACAACAGAUAUCUUUGGUUACACACCAGAUCAAAUAUUAGGUCAGCCAUUUAACACAAUUCUCAGUGAAGGCGCAAAUGAAGAGUUUUACAAGACAGUUGAAAUGAUGAAGACAGGUCAAUGCGCUUUAACUUACAUGCAUUCAUUCCAAGGUGUAACUGAUGAUGACCAAGUAUUACCUGUUCAUGUGACAUUGAUUGGUAUUCCUGAUACAAAUUCACAUCUUCCUAAAGCAUUUGUUGCAAUAUUAAGGAAUGAAUCAGAGUUAAUUCGCCAAAGACAAGUUGCAGAGACAGCUAAAGCACAAAGUGAAAAAUUAUUGUAUCAGAUAUUACCAAGAGAUAUUGUUGUAAGAUUAAAUAGAGGAGAAACAGAUAUUAACUUCACAGUUCCUUCGGCAACAAUUAUUUUCAUUGAUAUUGUGAAAUUUAGUAAUUACGCAGCUACAUUGACUCCAGCAGAAAUCAUGGAACAUUUGUCAAUAAUUUUCGCCAAAUUUGAUACUUUGGUAAAGAAAUAUCCAUUAAUAACAAAGAUCAAAUUGAUUGGUGAUGUUUAUAUGGCUGCUGGUGGUUUGUUCAAUCCAGAUGAAAAUCCACAAAACCACGCAAUACAAGUCAUCAAUUUCGCUUUGGAAGCAUUGAUGGUUUUAGAAGAAGCAAACAAUCAGUUCAAUGCUUCAUUGAUGGUAAGAAUUGGUGUGAAUACAAAUGGUCCUCUUAUUGCUGGUGUUCUAGGAACAGAUAAACCAGUGUUCGACAUCAUCGGUGACCCAAUCAAUGUUGCUUCAAGAUUGCAGAGUACAGCUGUUCCUGGAACAAUCCAGAUCUCACAAGAAACAUUCGAUCUCAUCUCGAACAUGAACUACAAUGUAGAAAAGAGAGGAGAGAUCGAACUCAAAGGAAAAGGCAAGAAGACAGCUUAUGUUGUUCGUCCUCUUGCAAUGUCGAGUUUCUUCUCAAUCUCACAAGAAAUGGAUGAAACUCAAACACAAAAACAACCUCAAAAUUAA